UCUGUCUGGGGCGAGAGAGGAGAGAGGCACUGCCUCUAAGAGGAAGUAUUCUGAGAGAGAGGAGGGGGCCACUGCCUCUAAAAAGAGUCUGACUCAAGACACCAGUUCUAAGAGUGUCCAGAAGCCCAGAGCAGAGUCACCUACACCCAGCCAGGAAACUCUGAGACUUGGCAAAAUGUCUGAACAACAGAUGAAAAGCUCUGACUACCAGUUGGACUAUGAAAACGUUCAGGAUCCAGUUGAGACGAUGGAGGGGAUUGUCAGCGAGGGUGCUGUAAUGUUCACACACAACCCUCUGGGUAUGAGGAGUCAAACUCUUCUGACAGUCCAACAAGACAUUAAGGCUAAACUGAAACACAAGUAUCAACACAUAUCUGAAGGAAUUGGACACCAUGGAAACCAAAGUCUGUUAAAGGACGUCUACACAGAGCUCUACAUCACAGAGGGUGGAAGUGGAGCGGUCAAUAAUGAACAUGAGGUGAGACAGAUAGAGAUGGCAUCCAAGAAACAAACCGCACAAGAGACACCAAUCAAAUGCAACGACAUCUUCAAGCCUUUAGCUGGACAAGACAAACCUAUCAGAACUGUGCUGACAAAAGGAAUCGCUGGCAUUGGAAAAACAGUCUCUGUGCAGAAGGUCAUCCUUGACUGGGCAGAGGGAAAAGCAAAUCAGGACGUUCAUUUCAUGUUUCCUCUUCCUUUCCGUGAUCUGAACCUGAAAAAGGACCAAUACAGUCUGAUGCAACUUCUUUCCCACUACUUCUCAGAGCUGAAAGAGAUUGACAACAUUGAAGAUGGUGAAACCAAAACUGUUUUCAUUUUUGAUGGUCUGGAUGAGUGUCGACUUCCUCUAGACUUCAAAAACAAUGAGAGGUGCUGUGAUGUCACGAAGCCAACCUCAGUGGACGUGCUGCUGACAAACCUCAUCAAGGGGAAUCUGCUUCCCUCUGCUCUCCUCUGGAUAACCACACGACCUGCAGCAGCCAAUCAGAUCCCUCCUGAGUGUGUUGACCAGGUGACAGAGGUACGAGGGUUCAAUGAUCCACAGAAGGAGGAGUACUUCAGGAAGAAAAUCACAGAUCAGAAUCUGGCCAAUGAAAUCAUCAAACACAUGAAGACAUCAAGGAGCCUCCACAUCAUGUGCCACAUGCCAGUCUUCUGUUGGAUAUCAGCCACUGUCCUUGAGAUGAUGCUGAAAGAGACAGAGAAGGAUGAAGUCCUCAAAACUCUGACCCAGAUGUACUCACACUUCACGCUCAUCCAAAUCAUUGUGAAGAACAGAAAGUACAACAAAGCCACAGAGACAAACCCAAAGGAACUGUCUCAGUCAGACAAAGAGAUGAUCCUGAAACUGGCAAAGCUGGCUUUCCAACAGCUGCAGAAGGGCAACCUGAUCUUCUAUGAGGAGGACCUGAGAGAGUGUGGCCUUGAUGUCACAGAGGCAUCAGAGUACUCAGCAUUGUGUACAGAGAUCUUUAAAGAAGAAUCUGGGCUGAACCAAGAGAAGGUCUACAGCUUUGUGCAUCUGAGCAUUCAGGAGUUUCUAGCAGCAGUGCAUGCUUUAGAAUCAUGUCUGGACAAGAAGGAAAAUGUUUUCCCCCCCAAAGCAGUCACUAGUGAUGAUGAUGACGAGGAGAAGAAUGAUGACGAAGAUGAUGACUAUGAUGAAGAUGAGGAGAAGGAUGAUGAUGAGGAUGAUGAGGAGAAGGAUGAUGAGGAGAAGGAUGAUGAUGAGGAGAAGGAUGAUGAGGAGAAGGAUGAUGAGGAGAAGGAUGAUGAUGAGGAUGAUGACUAUGAAGAGAAGGAUGAUGAUGAAGAAGAGAAGGAUGAGGAGGAAGAGGAGGAGCCAAUCCUGUUGUCUGACUUAUACAGGAGAGCAGUGGACCAGGCCUUGAAGAGUGAGAAUGGACACCUGGACCUGUUCCUCCGCUUCCUUCUGGGUCUCUCACUGGAGUCCAAUCAGAAUCUGUUACGAGGCCUUCUGACACAGACAGGAAGUACAACACAGAGCAAUGAGGAAACAGUUGAGGAAACAGUCAGGUACAUUUCAGACAAGAUAGAGGAGGAACGUUCACCAGAAAGGAUCAUCAACUUGUUCCACUGUCUGAAUGAACUUGGUGCCAACUCUCUAGUUGAAGACAUGCAAACCUCCCUGCGAUCAGGAACUCUUUCAGAAACCGAGCUAGAACCUCAACAAUGUUCAGCCCUGGCCUACCUGUUACUGAUGUCAGAGGAGGUGCUGGAGGAGUUUGACCUGAAGACAUACACCACAUCAGAGGAAGGUUAUCAGAGGUUGCUGCCGGUAGUGAAAACCUGCAAGAGAGCACUACUGUCUGGCUGUAAACUCACAUAUGAACUGUCUUCAGCUCUGAGGUCAAACCCCUCCCACCUGAAAGAGCUGGACCUGAGCUACAAUCACCCAGGAGACUCUGCAGGGGGACUGCUUUCAGCUGCUCUGGUGGAUCCCACAGAUAAACUGAUGAAGCUGAAUGUGGAUCAUGGUGGAGAGUUCAGGCUGAACCCAGGGCUGAGGAAAUAUGCCUGUCAUCUCACCCUGGACCCAAAUACAGCAAACCAAAACCUGAUGCUGUCUGAGGGGAAUAGGAAGGUGACAUUUUUGGAAGAGGAGCAGCAUUCUGAAGACCAUCCAGACAGAUUUUACUUUGGUCCCCAAGUUCUCUGCAGAGAAGGCUUAUCUGGAUCUCGUUAUUACUGGGAGGUGGAGCGGGAUGGUGCCAUGGCUAACAUUGGUGUGGUGUACAAAGGAAUGAAGAGGAAGGGAGAGAAGGAGGACAGUUGGAUUGGAGCCAAUAGGAAGUCCUGGAGUUUAGUCUGCUAUGACAGUGGUUAUCUCUUUUACCAUGCGGGAGUCCGUAGCAGAAGAUCCAUCCCUGAUACUGUUCCUAACAGAGUUGGAGUGUAUCUGGACUGGCCAGCUGGUACUCUGUCCUUCUAUAGUGUGUCCUCCUCUGGUACACUGACACACCUUUACACAGAACACACCACAUUCACUGAACCCCUCUAUCCUGGGUUUUGGGUUUCCUCCUUCUCAAUGACCCUGUGUCAGAUAGAUGACCAACACAUUCAAAGCAGAGACCAUGGUGGAGAGUGUUGUAUCAAGCCUGGACCUGAGAACACCAGAGACCAGAUAUGGAUUCCUCAGAGCUGUAAGACUUGUGACCAUGUUGAGGACUCCACACACUGGCUUCAGAUUGAACCCUUGACUUCCACUGUCCAGGGAGUGACAAUGUUCAGGCACAGGACACCCAAAGGGCGUUAUGAGUGCACAGUGUCUGGGCUCCGCUGGGUGUGUGAGAGAGAUGUCAUUCUGAAGUAUCACUUCAGGAACUGGGAACCCUACAGUCAACUUCUGAAAGACAUGCAGUACGGACAAGGUGGUCCAUUGCUGGACAUCACUAUGGAGUUAGGUGAACUGGAGGAAGUUCAUCUGCCACACUUUGUCUGUUUAGGGACCAACGAUUCCCUGAGGAAUGAGAUGAAGAUUUUUCAUGUAGAGGAACAUGGAGUGUCUGUUGAGGAAGUGCAUGAGGUCACCAGAUUCCAUGCUAAGAUUCUCCAUCCCAAGUUCUCACUUAUCUCUGUUAUACUGAGCUAUAUCUUUUCGUGGAACAUAGAUGUCCACUGUGAGCUGAUGCUCUAUCUGACAGUGAAAAAGGAAACACUAAUUCCACGCCUAUACCUGUUCCCCAGUAACCCCAGCCAAAUACAGGCUGUGGAACAACAGGAAAAGUCUCAAGGGUCUUCAAGGGUUCUCAUCACAAGACCAGAGCAGGCCUUCAAACUGAAUAGUUUCUUCAGACUGAACAUUCCCUGUUCUACCUACAUCAAUCCACAGAAUAUUCAUCUCAUACAUAGAGACUCCACACCAAGCUUUUUCAAGGCGGUUUUGAAAAUGACAGGGGUUGACAUUGAGAUGGAGUUAUUGGGUGAUGAUGAGAGGAUUGCAUGGAAAGAAGUGGUAUCACAAGAUGAAUACAUCACUGCCACCCAUUCAACAAGUGCUGUGUUAGGGGCAGGGCGUCCGGCUGAGAGCAGUCUGACUGGUUCUACAGAGCAGCAGCUGCGUUCUGUACGGACAGAGUUUGUGAGACGAGUGUCAGGACCUGUCCUGGAAGGUCUGCUGGACGGACUCCUGCAACACACAGUCAUCAACCAGGAGGAAAUGGAGUCAGUAAAGGUGAUAGCUGAGAGGGCAGAGAAGGCACGUGACAUCAUCGACAUGGUGUUGAGAAAAGGAACUGAGUCAUGUUCCAGGAUGAUCAACCUUCUUGGGGAGCUGGAUCCCUAUCUUUGGUCACAGCUAGGUGCCUAGGUACCUAGCUGGACCCCUAUCUAGCAGGAGGGUCAGUUAGUCCUCCACUAGGUACCUAGGUAUGGACCCCUA